AGUGGGAUGCAACGUAAACAGCUGUUUGUGGGAAGAAAAUCGUCGAUUUCGUAAGAAUUAAUGCACGAAACGUGAUCGUUUUUUUAUGGAAGAAUAUCGUUUUGUGGUCGUAUUUUGUCGUGCCGUCGGUAGGAAAUUAAAUGGGAUCGGUUAGGAUUACGUAAAAAGUUUCGUCAUGUUGGUGAAGACGUCCAGGACCAUCGCUUUGUGUUCGAUGGCGAAUUUCAUCAAUGCCGCCGAUAGGAUUAUUAUGCCUAUUGCUAUUAUUCCUAUGACUGACGAUUAUAAAUGGAAUCUACACUGGCAGGGUUGGAUAUUGAGCGCCUUUGCUUUCGGAUACAUCACCAGUCAGAUUAUCGGUGCCAGUGCUGCUUCCAAGUUUGGUGGAAAAGCCGUGAUGACCAGUGCCGUGUUUCUGUGGUCCGUGUCUACCGUUAUAACUCCCCUCGUCGGUUCUUCCUUGCCUCUUCUCAUAACUUGCAGAGUCGUUCUCGGUCUGGGCGAAGGUUUAGGCCUCCCCACCAUAUUUCACAUAUUUGCCCACACGGUGCCGGUGGAAGAGAGAUCAAGGGCUUUCGGUUAUCUGGUGGCUUCGGGAACCAUAGGACAGACGAUAUCUGCACUCGUCUGCCCUCAUCUGCCAUGGCCGUGGAUGUUUUAUUCCUUUGGAUCCAUGGGUAUAGCCUGGGUGUUUCUGUGGAUGAUAGUGUACUCGGAAAUACCCGAUUCUGAAGAGCAAGAACUUCCACUUGUAUAUCCUAAAGUCGUUAACGUAAAUGUGAGGUGGACGGAAUUCAUCAAUCAUUGGCCUCUGUGGGCUAUUUACAUCGCUCAUUUUGCCAUGAAUUGGUCUAACUACAUCAUAAUGCAAUGGUUGCCUACUUACUUGGCUCGUAAUCUCGGUGCCGAUAAAGAAGCGAUCAGUCUGACGGCCAUGCCGUAUGUCAUUAAUUCGCUGUGUGGAGUGGUGGCUGGCCACUUUGCAGAUUCCUUAAUAGUCAGAAAGUGGACUGUGUUAUCAGUUAGAAGACUGAUGACUAGCAUUGGCCUAAUAGGUCCAGCAAUUUCUCUGUUAUGUUUUUGCACUGUUAACAGUCUAAUGGCUGCUGUUAUUUUUGUAUCAAUAUCGAUGGGCCUGUGUGCUUGUAAUGCAGCCGGACAUCUCAGUAAUCAUGCGGACGUAGCACCAAAUCAUGCAGGGAUUACUUUUGCAGUUUCGAAUACCCUAGCGACUAUUCCUGGUAUAUUGUGUGGUCCACUGACUGCCGAAUUAGUUACUCAAUCACACGGGAGGUGGUUUCCGGUAUUUGUACUUGCUGCAGGUGUGAAUUUUGCAGGUGCUGUUAUUUAUGUCAGUCAGAGUUCAGCAAGCCAAGCUCUGUAAAUCAAAUUGAAAUAUCUAUUUUUAAACCGAUAUGUAUAAUACAAGUUGCCACUAAGACCAUUGACGAUAAAGUAAAUAUAUUAUGUAUUCAUAAGAUGUCAAGAUAAAAAAAAAAUAUUUACUAUAAAGUUUCUGUAAAUAAAUAGUAAAAAAAUCUUGAAUAGUUUUAAGUAUGUAAUUAUUUAAUGUUUCAAUGUCAAAGGAAUGUUGGCAUUGUCAUAACAAGGAAGGAAAAGUAAUAUAUUUACAACUUGUUAUAUGUUCUAAGAAUUUAAGUAGGAAAAGAAUUCCUAUCAGAAUAAAGUUAAAAACUUAGUUAUAAUAACAUUAAAGUAAAAAAAAAAAAAACAUAUUUAUUAUUUAGAAAAUAUAGUAGUUUAUUAUUUGAAUGAAUUAUUUUCCCCAUAUAAUUUGAAUAGCAUAUAGUUUUAACUGUAUUUAAGAGAAUAAAAUAUUUGAAUAUACAAGGAUAUUUACAAAUUAUUAAAUUCUAUUUUGAUUUAGUGAUUAAACUAUAAUAUUUUACUUAGAUGUAGAAUUUACACAAGAUGCAUUUAGUCUAUUUAAAUGUAAAAAUUCUAGUCUUGAGAUAGCAUAGAAUUGUGUAAUUAAGUUCUGAAUGAACAAAAACAAAAGCAAUGCAAGUGACUUAUUGGAAACAACUAAUCACUUUGAAAGCAAUCUUGAUAUUGUUAAGAUCUCUGUGACUAAGUUAUUAAUAAAAACAAUUUUGAUCUAAAAACUUUUAGAUAAAUUAUAUAUUUUUUACAUUUUUAGCACUAAGAAUAUGGUAGUUU